ACAUGCGUUAUUGUUACAGAAAAUUUGGAACUUAAAUCUGUUUUAAAACCAUGGCUUUCACUUCUCCAUAUUCUCACUAUCUCAUUCUGCUUUUUCUGCUACCAGUUUAUGUUGUAGCUCAAACAUCUCAGAACAUAACAUUGGGCUCUUUGUUAACUGCAGCACUCGAUCAAAACUCUUCCUGGAAAUCUCCAUCUGGCGACUUCGCAUUUGGCUUCCAACAAAUAGAAGCUGGAAUGUUCUUGCUAGCCAUAUGGUUUGACAAAACACCUGAAAAAACCAUUAUUUGGUCGGCCAAUGGUGGCAAUCUGGUGCAACAAGGAUCCAAAAUUCAACUCGCAACAGAUGGCCAGUUCAGGCUCAGUGACUUCGAAGGCAAGGAGGUAUGGGUGGCUACAUUGGAAGGCUCUGGUAUUGUUUCAUAUGCAGCUAUGCUCGACACCGGGAACUUUGUGCUGGCCAGCCAGGACUCCAACAAGUUGUGGGAGAGUUUUAAUCUACCCACUGACACACUAGUACCCACACAAAUAUUGAAACCAGGAGACCAACUUGUCGCCCGUUAUGCACAGACGAAUUAUUCAGGUGGAAGAUUUACUUUUGUGAUGCAACUGAAUGGAGAUCUUGCAGCCUACACCACAAGGUUCCCACUGGAUGCAGUGAAUACCAAUUACUGGGCAUCUAAUACAAAAGGCAGUGGCGUCCGAGUUAUCUUUAACCAGUCUGGCUACAUAUACCUAGAAGCUAAAAAUGGAAGCAUACUCAGUUAUAUAACAUCAAGCGGAUAUUCAUCUAAGGACUACUACCAACUAGCAAUCUUUGAAUAUGAUGGGGUCUUCAGGCACUAUGUCUAUCCAAAGAACAACAGUGUUACUGCUGGAAAGCCUGUAAACUGGUCCCUUUUGUUCCAUAUACCAGGAGAUAUUUGCACGAGCAUAGCAAAUUACGAAGGUAGCGGAGCUUGCGGCUACAACAGCUACUGUAUUAUAGGAAAUGAUCAGAGACCUAAAUGCCGGUGCCCACCUGGAUACUUGUACUUGGAUCCUGAUGACGAAAUGAAGGGAUGCAAACGGAAUUUUGUCGCACAAGAGUGUGAUGGAGGCCAAAAUGCAGAUCUUUUUGAAUUCCGAGAUAUGGUGGAUACAAGUUGGCCCGACUCGCAGUACGAGUAUUUUAAUGCAGUUACUGAGGAUUGGUGCAGACAGUCUUGUUUGAGUGAUUGCUAUUGUGCUGUUGCAUUAUUUAAAAAUGGUGAGUGUUGGAGGUUGUCAAAUCCUCUCUUGAAUGGGAGAACUGAUGCUGGUUCUGGGGGCAAAUCACUCAUCAAAAUAAGGAAAGGCAAUUCUACAUCAACUUCUACUAAAGGGGGUUCAGGUGGGGGUUCAAGCGAUCAUUCAAAGAAGCAGAAGUCAACACUGAAUCUUAUUCUAACUCUGCUCUUAAGUAGCUCAGCAUUUUUGAACCUUGUUCUGUUGAUAACUACUCUGUGGUUUGUUUUAGGCUCAAGUUCCAGGAAAAGAAGGAUGAUUCAACCUUCCAGAACAACCCAUGGCAUGAUGAGUCUACAAAGCUUCACCUACAUGGAGCUUGAGGAAGCUACCAAAAAUUUUGAAGAAGAACUUGGAAAGGGUAGUAGUUCAACAGUUUACAAAGGUGUUUUAGACAUUGGAAAUAAGAUUUUGAUCGCCGUUAAAAGAUUGCACAAGUUGAAUGAAGACCGCAAUGAGAAGGAAUUUCAAGCAGAAAUGAGUGCAAUUGGGAAGACAAACCACAAGAAUCUCGUGCGGCUGCUAGGAUUCUGCAAUGAGGGACAACAUCGGCUUUUGGUGUAUGAAUACAUGAGCAAUGGAUCUUUAGCAUCUUAUCUUUUCAGCAAUCCAAGGCCCAGUUGGUAUAGAAGAACUCAAAUUGCUUUUGGAACUGCAAGAGGGGUUGCUUAUUUGCAUGAAGAAUGUAGCAGCCAGAUAAUACACUGCGACAUUAAGCCUCAAAAUAUCCUGCUAGAUGACUCCUUGACAGCAAGAAUUUCAGACUUUGGAUUAGCAAAACUUUUGAAGACAGACCAGACACGAACUGUUACAGAAGUAAGGGGAACAAGAGGAUAUGUUGCCCCUGAAUGGUUGAUUGGAAAGAAGCCUGUAACGGUCAAGGUUGAUGUCUACAGCUUUGGAAUUCUGCUGCUAGAGCUCAUUUGUUGUAGAAGGAAAGUUGAGCAAGAUUUAGAGGAUGAAAAACAAAGGGUAUUGGCUGAUUGGGCAUAUGAUUGCCAUGAAGAAGGGAAACCAUAUCUGCUAGUUCAGGAGGAUGAAGAGGCAAUGGAGGACAUUAAGACGGUAGAGAAGUUUGUGAUGACUGCCAUCUGGUGCAUUCAAGAUGACCCAUCGCUGAGACCCACCAUGAAGACAGUCUCACAGAUGCUUGAAGGAACCAUUGAAGUUCCUCAUCCUCCAGUCAAUCCCCACUCAUCAGUUUAAUUUAUACCCACCAAAGCCCCAAGAUCUGUUAAUAUUGAAGAAGUGUACUCAAUAUUGUUGGCUUUUCGGAUUCAUGGGGUGAUCUCUGUUGAUCUUGUGAGGCUUCUUCAAUUCUAGAUACUCUAGUUACAUGUUAUGGGAAGAAAUGUGUUAAGGGCUG